CGAAGGACCAAAACCCAAAAACAGGGGAUGUUAAUUACUAUGGUUCGAUUGAAGAAAUAAUUGAACUUGACUAUUGGGGGGCUUUUACUGUUGUUUUGUUUAGGUGUACCUGGUAUGUAGACGAUAAGGAUUCCUUAGGUUUUACUCGCGUAAACUUCAACAGAGUUCGUCAAAAAGAUGACCCUUUCGUCAUGUCGACACAAGUCCAGCAGGUGUUCUAUAUUCAAGAUCCUACUGAACUGCAAUUUUAUUAUCCAAUUAAGAAGUUCUCGUCAGAGUCCUUUGAACAAGAUGAUAAAAAUUUAGCUGAAGAUGACAUAAACGGGAAAUUCACACGUGACAGUGAUUUUCAUUCAUUGCUAGAGGAACAAGAUACUGCGGUUAGCUGGUUCAGGGAUGAUGUCCCAUCAAAACAAAUUCCUAUUCCAGUUAUCCCAAUACUAGAUGAUUGUACCUUAGGUGUGGAUGACAACUGAUACAAUGACUUUUCACUUGCACCAUAAUGGCGAGUUCACAAAAGAAAAGUAUGUUGGUGGAUCAGUUAUUACUUAUGGGGACAUGGACCUCGAUCUGUUCUCAUACUCAGUACUGAUGGAGUGGGUCAAAGAACUUGGUUAUGCGGAAAUCGGAGGGGUUUAUGUCAGGAAGGAAAAAGGCUGGGAAUUGGUGACGAAAGAUGCUGAUAUGAAUGUGUGUAUUUUGGAAAGUAAGACUUCUGAAUUGGAUUUGUUUGUUGACUGUGAUGUUGAUAAAGGGAUAGAGCCGGCCAAACAAAUGCAACCUCACGUGAUUGUCAGGCCAAAGAAAAAUCCUAUUAAAGCCACAGUGAAGAAUCCCAACAAGCGCAAGUUUGUAACUCUUAAAGACAUUAAUCAUGAAAAGGAACAGAGGUUGGUGACUGCAAGAAGAAAGAUAUCAUUUAAGUUGCCUGUUGCAAGUGAAACAAAGAAGCCUGAUGCCAUUUUGAAAGCAGAUGUGAUGAAGGAAAAGGAAAAAGAGGGGAAAAAAUUGAUUGGAUCAGUAACAGAGUAUGCAGACUUAGUGUAUGGUAAAUAUGACUUGGUGGAAGGAUGCGGGGAAGUUGGAGGAACCGAGGAGGUUGAUAAAGGUGUUGCAGUUGGUAAAAAUACGGAGAAGGUGAAAAAAGGAGCUGGGGUUGGGGUUGGUAAUGAUACUGAGGUGAAAAAAGGAGCUGGGGUUGGGGUUGGUAAAGAUGCUGAGGAGGUGAAAAAAGGAGCUGGGGUUGGGGUUGGUAAAGAUGCUGAGGAGGUGAAAAAAGGAGCUGGGGUUGGGGUUGGUAAAGAUGCUGAGGAGGUGAAAAAAGGAGCUAACCUUGGUGAAGUUGUUGCUGACAAAGUUAAAGGAAAGAAGGAAGUUAAAGGAGUAAAUGAGUAUGAGAAGCGUCGCAAUAAAAAUAUUGAAGAAAAUGAAAAGAAAUUUCAGGAACUUGGGUUGAGAAGGCAUUCUGCAGGGACCCCUGUCCAAAAAAAACCUAACAAUCGCAAGGCAUUCAGUGAUGAUAAAGAAAGUGACAACUACGACCCGAAAAAUGACUCGGACCAAUCUAGUGACAAUGAAGAGGAUAUGGCUAUAUCUAAGCGGAAGAAAAAGGCCGGUAAGAGUGUGCUUGGGUCUGGACCAAGAACUCGGUCGCGGGCAUCCAGGAUUGUAUUGCCACCACCUGUGAAGCAAGUUAAUGAUGCAGUGGAGGUUGAGGUUAAUAAGGAGGUUGAGGCAAAUGAUGAUACACCAAAAGUUAGUACUGUAGAGAGACUUAAGUUGAUGAGAACAAAUGCUCCUGGUUCAAUGGCUGCCUAUUUACAGUUACGCGAGCAAGAAAAGAUGCAGGCUGCAUUGGAGACUACGCAGCAAUCACAGUCCCUAACUGAGAAUUUGCAACAGCCAGGUACGCCACCAGGCCAACCUGAAGAAGAAGAAAAACAGAGAAAGCCACGAGGGAAGUCAAAACUGACUCAUGUCCAUACAAGAGGGGAAAAGAGAGAGAUCAAGCUAUCUGAUCUCGGGCAACCAGUAGAUGAUGAUGAACAUCUGAUUAGGGAGUUCAGCAAUUUUUUAGGAACAACAGUAAGAGAGUUUGUCUCUCUUACAUGUCGUAGUUGGACUGAAGUUCCACAAAAAGAUAUCCUGUGGGAAUAUGUGAAGGACAAGUACGUAAUCCCUGAAGAAGGUUAUGACUGGGUUAUGACGACGAUGCGGGACUUGUUUAGGGGGUACAAAGCUCGGAUCAAGAGGGAUUACUAUUAUAAAUAUCAAACUGAUGAGGAGAGGCUAGAAAAUAGGCCUAGGGAGGUUCCAUUGAAAGACUUCAAGAUAUUGUUAGAAUAUUGGGCUGAUGAGAAAAUAGCGAAAAAAGCAAGAACAAAUUCAGAAUCUCGAAGGCUUAUAACUGAAACACAUACUGCUGGAAGUAGGAGUUUCGCACAAAUAAGUCACAAUAUGGCACUUGAAAGAGCAUUGAAGGCUACCCGUGAACAACCACCAGCACCAAUAUCAGAUGCUGAUGUUUAUGUUAAAACACGCAAACGGGAAAGCACAAGAACAUACAAGCUACCUACUGAAGUUGUUGAGAAAAAAGUGGAAAAUGUAAAGAAGCUGCUGAAAGAUGGAACAAUUGACGAAGCUGAAGAAGUUGUUUAUGGUGGGAAGGAUCACAGUCGCACAUUUUUAGUGGGGAGGCUUAUUGAGAAAAGGGAACCAAAGAAAAAAAUUGCACGCCCUUUGCCUACCAUUCCAGAGAAGUAUGUGGCUAGUUUAACUGAACAGAUUCGAGAUCAAAUUGCAAAGGAGAUGGAAGAACAAGUGCAGAAGAAGGUUGAAGAUAAUGUCAAGCUCAUGAUGUCCAAGCUGGCAGAAAAGAAUCCAGGCCUUAAUCUCGAUAUCGAGCUAACCAGUGCCAGUGAACCAACAGUUGAGCCAUCACAGGCCAACAAUGGCAGUGAUUAACAGCCCUUGAUUGAUAUUUUCCGUAUUCUGAACUAAACAUGUCCUUGCUUAACUUUUAUUUAGCUUUUAUAUUAAGAUGCAUUUGUAUUUUGGAGAAGUUGGAGGAUCUCGUUUUAUUUUGAAAGAUGUGAUGUAUUUUGGAGUUGGGGA